AUGCAUGUGACAUUUAACGUCUGGAUGCUGCUUAUGUUCUCUCUUCAACACUAUGUUGACUCCAUGACACAAUGUGACAAUAUGAAAACCAUUAUCCGUGCAGAGGGAGUAGAUGUCAGCUUACAAUUGGAUAAGUCUGGUAUAAAAGAGGUCUCUUGGCUUAUGGGAGGAAGACACAUCGCUACAACCAAGUCCAUGGACACCAUUGAUGUAAAAUCUCAGAUAUUUAAAGGUAGACUGAGUCAGAUUUCCAGUAAUUCCUUGAAGAUUAAAGAAAUAACCAGAAUGGACGAAGGACUCUACGUGGCACAUAUAUUUAUGAAGAGUGGGCAAGAAUUUGUUCAGUGCUACAAUAUCAGUAUACACAGGAAAUUGACAAAGGACAAUAUAUUUGUCCUUCCCAACAUCUACCAUAAUGGGAGCUGUGCAGUGUCCUUAACUUGUAAAGUAAAUCUAACAGAUGUGACUGUCACCUGGAAUAGAGAUGACCUAGCCAUGACAAAUGACACACUCUAUCUGGACAAUGUUGAACCAAGCAGUAACUACAGUUGCACAGCAAUUAAUCAAGUCAGUAAUGCCUCCAUUGAUGUAAAGCCGUGGAAUUACUGCCGAACGGCAAAAGAUGUGGAAGGUGUGACAGAUAUACCGACUGUCUAUGCUCAGGUGAAACAAGACAGAAGAGAAAGUUUUGCAACAAUAUAUAGUGAAGUUAAAAAAACAAACACUUUUCCAAGACUGAUAUAUUGA